CUUUGUGUUCGUUCUUCUCACUCUCCUUCUCACUCAAACUCUGCUGCAUCCCGAAAACAUGUCUCUCGACUUCAAGGACCUCGUCGUUCUCAUCACUGGUGCCGGCGGCGGUAUCGGCAGGGCUUACGCUCUCUUCUUUGCUCCCCGCGGCGCCAAGAUCGUCAUCAACGAUGUCAACGCUGCCAACGCCGAGAAGGUUGUGGGCGAGGUCAAGGCUCUCGGAGGCCAGGCCGUUUCCGCAGUCGGCUCGGUGACCGACGGCCAGAAGAUUGUCGACGCCGCCGUCGCCGCCUACGGCACGGUCCACGUCCUGCUCAACAACGCCGGCAUCCUGCGCGACAAGUCGUUCCGCAAGAUGUCCGAGAAGGAGUUUGACGACAUUAUUGCGAUCCACCUCAACGGUGCCUUCUCCAUGACCAAGGCCGUCUGGCCCCUGAUGCGCAAGCAGAAGUUUGGCCGCAUCGUCAACACUUCGUCGCCCGCCGGCAUCUACGGCAACGGUGGCCAGACCAACUACUCUGCCGCCAAGAUGGCGCUUAUCACCUUCUCGCGCGUCCUCUCGUUCGAGGGUGUCAAGUACGACAUCAAGGCCAACACCAUUGCUCCUCUCGCUGCCUCGCCCAUGACUGAGACUGUCAUGACCAAGGAGGUUCUCGAGCACCUCACCCCCGACUUCAUCCCCCCUCUCAUCGGUGUCCUCACCGCCAAGAACGGCCCCGACGUCAAGGGCCGCACGUUCGAGCUCGGUGCCGGCUACUACGGCGAGAUCCGCUGGCAAGAGUCGGCUGGCUACACGUUCAAGACGGACUCCUCGUUCACCCCCAGCGCGGUCGACCACAAGUGGAACCAGAUCCGCGACUUCUCCAAGGGCAGCAAGUACCCCGAUGUCACGGACGGCGCCGAGAUGAUGGAGAUCCUCGAGCUCCAGCCCUCGCUUCCUCCCAACGAGCAGGGCCCUCCCCCUCCCGACAGCUUCAAGGGCUACACCGUCAUCAUCACUGGUGCCGGUGGUGGUCUUGGCCGUGCCUACGCUCUCCACUUCGCCCGCUUCGGCGCCAACGUUGUCGUCAACGACGUCGCCGAGGGACCCGCCCAGGAGACUGUCAACCUUGUCAACCAGGCUGGCGGUGUCGGUGCCGUUGCCGUUGGAUUUGUCCCCAACGACUCGGCCAAGAUUGUCCAGGUUGCCGUUGACAAGUUUGGCGGUGCUCACGCCCUCAUCAACAACGCCGGUAUCCUUCGCGACAAGGCCUUUGUCAACAUGACCGAGGAGUCGUUCACCCAGAUGCUUGACAUCCACGUCAAGGGCUCGUGGUCGAUGGCCAAGGCUGUCUGGCCCAUCUUCCACAAGCAGAACUACGGCCGCAUCGUCAACACGUCGUCGCCCAACGGUGUCAACGGCGCCCACGGCCAGGCCAACUACGCGACCGCCAAGGCCGCCAUCAUUGGCUUCACCCGUUCGCUCGCCAUCGAGGGCAAGAAGAACAACAUUCUCGUCAAUGCGCUCGCCCCCUCGGCCGGCACGCAGAUGACCGCCACCGUCUGGCCCAAGGAGAUGCUCGAGAUGUUCAAGCCCGACACGGUCGCGCCCAUUGUCGCCUACCUCGCCUCGCAGCGCUGCCACGACACGGGUCUCAUCAUCAAGACCCAGGGCGGCAGGGCGUCCGAGUACCGCUGGGAGCGUGCCUUUGGCGUCGUCUUCCCCAACGACAAGGUGCCCACCGCCGAGGAGCUCGCCGCCAAGUGGAAGGAGGUCACCUACUUUGACAAGCGCGCCAUCCACCCCCAGAACAACUCGGAGUCCAAGGCUCAGAUUGUCGCCAACUUUAACAACCGCUCGAGCAAGGCGAGGCUCUAAGUGUCGGGUCCAAGUGGAGAAGAAGCACACUGUAGGCAGUAGGGUAGUAGCGUUCGUCCUUGUAUGAAUUGGUUCGCAUCGG